AAUUAUUAUUAACUAAUUAAAUAUUCUCACAUUAAAUACGGUGUCCCUAAUAAAGGAUUCAAUUCUCGUGAGAGGGAGGGAGUAUUAAUUUAAAAAAAAAAAAUCCCAACCAAACAAUACAAUCCAAACAAAUUAAUAAAAAAAUUAAUCUGAAGAAAAUCAAAAGCCCAAAUAAGCGUUGUAAUAAAUGGGCCAAGAAAUUAAUCAGAAAUAAACGGGCCAUAAAGGCCCAUUAGGCCCAUUAAAGCCUUAACCGUCGAAUCGUACGUACCAACAGCUGCCCGUGUCUUGUGCUUUCCCAAUAACUGAAUAGAUCCUUCGAUCAUCCCAUCCUUCACACCAUUCAUUUCAUGUUUCAUUUCAUUUCAUGCAACUGUAAAUGACCUGACCUCGCCGGAACUGAUCCGAAUUCCGAUCCUCCGGAGCAAUUCAACCAUGAAGCAUCUGCACAAGUCGCCGGCGAUGCCAAUCUCCCAAUCGUCGGAGCCGUACUCUCCCAAAUCCUCGAAGCACAACAGAUCCAUCCGCAGAUCGCUGAAUUACAUCUUCAGGGAGCAGCGCCUUCUCUUCAUCAUCGUCGGUGUUUUGAUCGGCUCCGUUUUCUUCAUUCUCCAGCCUUCAAUUUUCUUUUCGUCGUCUUCAUCUUCAUCCUCGUCCACCUCUUCAUUCUCCGCCAAUCCCGGCGGCGCUCACAUUUUGUCGGGGAAUCACGAAUCGUUAGGUCGCUAUCGCGAUCCUAAUUACGAGAAGCAUUUGGUCAAUCGGUACGGCCAGGGGCACGCCGGCGGCGUGGGGAGAGUCCCCGUGGCGAUAGGGAAGAAGAGAAACCGUGUGGUGGUUACCGGCGGGGCGGGAUUCGUUGGGAGCCAUUUGGUGGAUAAGCUGAUUGCGAGGGGGGAUGAUGUGAUUGUUGUUGACAAUUUUUUCACAGGGAGGAAGCAGAACGUGGUGCAUUUGUUUGGGAACCCUAGAUUCGAAUUGAUUAGGCACGACGUCGUCGAGCCGAUUUUGUUGGAGGUUGAUCAGAUCUACCAUUUAGCUUGUCCUGCUUCGCCAGUGCAUUACAAGUACAAUCCUGUCAAGACUAUCAAGACGAAUGUGAUGGGCACUCUCAACAUGUUGGGACUAGCCAAAAGAAUCGGUGCAAAGUUUCUCCUUACGAGUACCAGCGAGGUGUAUGGUGAUCCUCUGGAGCAUCCACAGAAGGAGACCUAUUGGGGACAUGUGAAUCCAAUUGGCGUGCGUAGCUGCUACGAUGAGGGAAAGCGCACUGCUGAAACCUUAACUAUGGACUAUCACCGCGGUGCAGGGGUUGAGGUGCGCAUUGCGCGCAUUUUCAACACAUACGGGCCUCGAAUGUGUCUGGAUGAUGGCCGUGUCGUGAGCAACUUUGUUUCGCAGGCGAUUAGGAAACAGCCAAUGACGGUCUAUGGCGAUGGGAAGCAAACCCGAAGCUUCCAAUAUGUAUCCGACCUGGUCGAUGGAUUGAUGGCGCUGAUGGAAGGCGAGCAUGUAGGCCCGUUCAACUUGGGCAACCCCGGAGAAUUCACCAUGCUAGAACUUGCCGAGGUGGUGAAAGAAGUGAUUGAUCCAAGCGCAUCGAUCGAGUUCAAGCCAAACACGGCUGACGACCCUCAUAAGAGGAAGCCGGAUAUUAGCAAAGCGAAAGAGCUUCUUAACUGGGAGCCAAAAGUCCCGUUGCAAAAGGGGCUGCCUUUGAUGGUGAAAGACUUCCGAAACCGUAUCCUCAACGAUGACGAAGGGAAGGGAAAUUAAAGUAACGAUAUGAUAGGAUAUGAUAUGAUAUAUGUACAGAAGGAAUCAAGAAGAGAGGUAUUAUAGCAGCUAUCUCUCCAAUAUUCUCCCUCGGUAGUAAUUCAUUCAUUCAUUCAUUCAUUCCUUUCUUUAUUUAACAGUUAGAGAGUGAGAGAGUUUAGGAUUGGAUCAUAUGGGAACAUCCAUUACUACUACUAUUACUAUAUGUAGUUGUUUUUGGAUAGAGAAGAUUUUGUUGUCACACGGGCUUGGGCUUGCUUGCUUACUUAGCCCACUUUUGUGAUUGUUUAAUUUUGUUUCUCUC